AUAAUGAUGGAAAAUGCGUUGAAGGAACGCGUGUUGGAGCUGGAAAAACGCCUGGGCAUAGCACAGGCAAAAGAGAUUAAAAAUGUUAACGAAGAAUUGAUUGCUGUGCGGCGAAAAUUGACACAAGCAGGCGCUGGGUUUUUGCUAAAAAUUCCAAUCGAUAUUUUGCGAAAACUUAACGAUUUAGCACUUCGAGAUGAUUAUUUAACGCAAGCUGAGAAGAGAAAUUGCAUUGAAUUUAAUUAUGCUUUAAUGAUGAAGCGUGCCGAACUACUGGAACAGUUUGAGAAGGACAAAGAGAUUGUCUUCAAAUCCGAAUCGAUUGCAAAUUUCGGCGAACAUUUACCAGCUCUUGAUGCUGCCGAAAGGGAAAUCAAUGAGACAGCUUCGGAUGUGCGCAUUUUUCCUUUGACUUAG